ACUGUGAAACCCUCCCGGCGGCCAUAGCAGUCCAGUGUCCUGUUACAAACCUGGGAACAGAAGAUUAAUAAGUUAUAAUCCGUGAAGAACAGACGCCCAAAAUACAGGACUUUAUACGCGGCUAUAACGACUCGUCACUAUCUGGACAUAAUGUCAGACAAAAGUGAGCUAAAGGCAGAGCUGGAGAGGAAGAAACAGCGCCUUGCCCAGAUCAGAGAGGAAAAGAAGCGAAAAGAGGAAGAACGCAAGAAAAAAGAAACUGAAGGGCGUGGGGAAGGCGCCUCUCCAUCAAAUGAUGACUCUGAUCUGGAGAGAAAGAGGAGGGAGACGGAGGCUCUGCUGCAGAGCAUGGGUAUCACCGAUCCUGCCAUGGUUCAGCCUCUGCGAAUAGUAACAGAGGAUACGUGUAUGUUUCAUUAUUUAGUCCCCCCUCCCAUGUCUCCCUCUGCCAAGUCAGUGGGCACUCCAAGCGAAACCGGCAGCCAGGACUCAGCAGAUGGCGCUACUGGAGUAAGGGCUCUCCACUGGGAUUCUGACCCCUCUACUCUCCUGCUGCAUUCAGACUCUCAGCAUGGACGAGGUCCUCUCCGGCUCGGCAUGGCUAAAGUCACUCAGGUGGACUUUCCUCCCCGAGAACUCGUCUCGUACUCUAAAGAGACUCAGACACCCGUCUCUACUCAACCUAAAGAGGCGGCAGAGGAAAACGAGGAGGAGGAUCUGGCAGUGGCACUGGCCGCUCACGAAUCUCUGCAGGAAAAUGAGCCUCAUGCUGAUGAAGACGAGGCGCCACCUCAUGAGCUGACGGAGGAGGAGAAGCAGCAGAUCCUGCACUCGGAAGACUUCCUGACGUUUUUCGAUCAGAGCUCCCGCAUCGUGGAGCGCGCUCUGUCCGAGCAUGUCGACGUCUGCUUCGACUACAGUGGACGAGACCUUCAGGACAAAGAGGGAGAUACCCAGGGUGGGACCAAGCUGUCUCUGAACAGGCAGUUUACAGACGAGCGUUGGUCCAAACACAGAGUGGUCACCUGUCUGGACUGGUCACCCCAGUACCCAGAGUUGUUGGUGGCGUCCUACAGCAGUAAUGAAGAAGCUCCUCAUGAGCCUGACGGUGUGGCGCUGGUGUGGAACAUGAAGUACAAGAAAACAACAGCGGAGUACGUCUUCCACUGUCAGUCGGCAGUGAUGUCGGCAGCGUUUGCACAGUUUCACCCGAACCUGGUGGUGGGUGGGACGUACUCGGGACAGAUCGUCCUUUGGGACAAUCGUAGCAAUAAGCGGACACCCGUACAGAGGACGCCGCUCUCUGCCUCCGCACACACGCACCCGGUCUACUGUGUGAGUGUAGUCGGGACUCAGAACGCUCACAACCUCAUCAGCAUCUCUACUGAUGGCAAAAUGUGCUCCUGGAGCCUGGACAUGCUGUCCACACCUCAGGACAGUCUGGAGCUGGUGUUUAAGCAGUCGAAACCUGUUGCCGUGACGUCCAUGGCGUUUCCUCUGGCUGAUGUGAAUAACUUCGUUGUAGGCAGCGAGGACGGCACCGUCUAUACCGCCUGCAGACACGGCAGUAAAGCGGGAAUCAGCGAGAUGUUCGAAGGUCAUCACGGCCCAGUUACAGGACUCGACUGCCACACGGCCACCGGACCCGUCGACUUCUCUCACCUGUUUGUGACGUCGUCCUUUGACUGGACCGUCAAGCUGUGGAGCACCAGGAACACCAAGCCACUUUACUCAUUCGAGGAUAACUCAGAUUACGUGUACGACGUCAUGUGGUCUCCUGCUCACCCUGCGCUGUUCGCCUGCGUCGAUGGAGUCGGACACCUCGACUUGUGGAAUCUCAACAAUGAGACUGAGGUUCCCUCGGCUUCAGUGACAGUAGAGGGAAACCCGGCGCUAAACCGCGUGCGCUGGGCUAACUCUGGCAGAGAGGUUGCCGUCGGUGAUUCUGAAGGUCGAGUACACAUCUACGACGUAGGAGAACAGAUCGCUGUGCCGCGGCAGGACGAGUGGACGCGCUUCCUGAAAACACUAAGCGAACUCGGUGAGAACCAGGAGGAGGCAGAGGAUCUGGCAACCCAGCGCCUAGCUGCCUGAUUGGUGGGCCGCGCUGCUCACAGUGAUCUCUCCACUCAGAGUCAGGUCUUAUAUUUCUAAACGUACCUGAGUGACAAUCUCGAGCUUCCGACAUGAUGGGAAAAGCCAGGCAGUGAGAGAGGUAUUAUAUAGAGAUGUGGGUUUUUAAUGAAAGAAGGGAUGAUCUCGAGAGCUAAAGUUCACACUAAUCCACUAGAGACCAUACCAUACUCUAUUUUCCAGACUUUAGGAAUUUUAUUUUCCCUCUAUCAGGAAGUACAUGGUGUAAUUUCCGCUUUUGGUUCAUUCACACCUAUUUGUGAUGAAUAUUUAAAGUAAUUUGCUUUUUUGUGUGCUAAAUUAGCACUACUGUUGGCUUGACCCUUAUAUAAAUUCCCUAAAAUUAGUAUUACGCACAUAAAUUAGCAUCUUUGUAGCAAUGAAGGAAAUGUCUUUGGUUAGCUUAAAUGGCUAAAGUGUUGCUGAGGUAGCUAACGUUUAAGUGUUUUUACAAAAGGGUCUAACAAAUCUUUUGGUGCGUCGUACAGUAGCUAGUUAAUUCUAUGAUUCACACAAAAUGACAUGUAUUUUGAUGUUUUUUCUUUUGAAAUAACUAAAUUAAGGAUAUGAAUUUUAAUUUGGAACAUAGUUUUUAUUUUUAUUUAACAAAAAAAAUAAGUUGUUUGAGCUCCAUUUUUAUAAAAAAAAAAACUAUUUUACGUACUGUUUUUAUAAACUAGCCUAGCAUAACAGUGGAUUUCUGAUGUUUGUUUAAAAGCAGACUGUAGGAAAUGUUCAUACACAAAACCACACACCCUUGAGUGCAGUAGCGUUUAGCUAGCAUGUUUAGCUAUAAACCUCUGAGUGACGACUUGCUAUAUGUAGCUGCAACUUUUCGACAUGGCCGACACUCUAAACGAUCAUGAAGUAAAAUCCUCACAGCGGUGUUGUAAAAUGGUUCCUCUUUCUGUGGAAGUUGUUUCCUGUUCUGUUUGAUUAGUCAUUUCAGUGUGAGGAUAAAACGCUAGCGUUUACUUUAACCACAGCGUUACCUCGGUAUACGAACUUAUUCCAUUCUGUAGGCGAAAUUUCGUAUUGCAAAACACAUUUUCCCAUAGAAAAUAAUGUAAACGCAAGUAAUCUGUUCCAGCCACGGAAAAAUAUUACCAAUAUUACAAAUUUCUAACACUGUAGUCAUAUUUUUUGCAUUGAAAAACAAUUAAAAUGUAAAAAAAAAAGACAUAAAUGUAGUAAAAUAUGAAAUAAAUUGACAUUAAACCCCACUUAACCUUAAUUUAUGACAAAAAAGAAACUGAAAAUGUCUCCUUUUUCUUCUUGCUAUCGUUCUUGCAAACAUUUUUGGGACCCAUGGUGCUAUGUAUUCACUAAAUCUUGCAAAAAAAACAAACAUGGAAAAUAGUAUGUAAACUCGUUUCGCUUGGCUUUCCACUGACGCAAACAAAGUAGGAGUUCGAUACGGUUUGUUCGCUUGUAUGCCGAGGCACAUUUCUUGCAAAAUUUCAGUUAGGGUGAACAUUGUGUUCUUAUGCAGAGUUACCACCGCACAUGCACUCAAGUACUCGAGAAUCUAGUGUAAGAUUAGAGUGCGCACUGUGUGAUUCAGCACAAUAUGAUGUUUGUUUUUGACUGUUCACUUUUAUAGCUUUUUUUCCCCCUUAAUUUAUCUAAAUUAUUAGUGCUUCAAAAAAAUAAUAGCGUUAAUUUUUUUUUCUUAAACCUUUAUAUUUUAGGUGUUUAUUAAUGCUUCCUUUUAACCACUAAUAUUUAUAUAUUUAUACACAUUCCCUUUUAACAUUUGAAAAAAUGAAAGGGCUGGUGAGUUAGCCUUUAGCAUGUUUACAUCAUGUCAGAAUUACCUUAAUGACCGACACAUGGCACUGAAAAUAUCACUGUUAGCUAGUUAAACACCAUUUUAGCAUUUAUGUAUGAAUACAUUUUUUAAAUGAUGCUAAAUGUUACAGGUUACAAAAAAGUUAUAUUGCAGAACAUUUAAAGAAUUUUAAAGAGAAAACUGGGACUGUUAAGCAUCAAUGUUGGCUUUCUGAGUUUCCUGUCGUUACUGUAGUUCUAAGAUGAUGUGAACAUAUUAAAAGUGUGUAUUUAUAUCCUGUGUAGUUUACAGGCUGGCGUUUAACAUGGUGCACUGCUUUUAAAAAAAUACACUUUCUUGUACUACAUUAAAAGUCACUUUUUAACUCCACUUGUGAAUUUCAGUGUCUUUGCCUUUUCCUUAAAGGGUGGUUCACACACUUUCUACUGAAACUAUACAUGAUUCCACUUCUAGUUAAUGUCAGGGACUUGUAUUUUAUAUUGUUUAAUACUGAUGAUGCCACCUUGAUUUAAUGAUACUACACAUAUUUCCCCCCUUAUUUCUUUUAUCAGAAAUGCAGGUGGAUAAAGCCUG